AUGGAAAAAUUAAGCGGACAAGAAUUAAUCCAACAAGCUGGUCAACUAAUUGCAGAAAAUAAAUUAGAUGAAGCUGUUAAAAUUUUUGGCUUUCUUGUAGAAAAAUUACCCGAUGCAUAUUUACCGUUGUUGAGUAGGUGUACCUGUUUGAUUCAAUUAGAGAGAUAUGAAGAAGCAAAACUUGACGCUGAAAAGAUCCUUACUUUACAAAAUGUUCCAAUUAGUGAUGAUAUUGCACCUGGAAAUUCAACUUUACAUUCUGUUGGAUACAUUCGAUUGGCUAAAUGUUAUAAAGAACUUGGUCAGGUUGAAGAAGCUGAAAAAUUAAUUAAAAAACGUCAAGAACUUGAAAAAAAAGUAAAAUCUAAUAAAGAUGUUAAAAACAUUAUUACUAAUUUAUCAGAUGAAUCUGAUAAUGAAAAUGCAAUUCCGGAAAAGUCUUCUACAAAUAAAGUUGCCGAAAAAUUAAGAUUACAAGGAAAUGAUCUUUAUAAAAAACAAAAAUAUAAAGAAAGUUUAGAAAAAUAUUUGAAAGCAUUUGAAAUUAAUCCAAAUGAUUUAUUAGUUAAUUCUAAUUGUGCUCAAGUUUAUUUGAAACUUGGUAAAUUAGAUGAAGCUCUUGAUCAUGCCGAAACUUGUAUUCGUCUUAAUUCAAAAUGGGCAAAAGGAUAUUAUCGUAAAGGUUGUGUAUUACUCGAGAAAAAGAAAUUUCAAGAUUCAAUUUCUGCAUUUCAAUUAGCAAAACGUUACGGUGCUCAAGAAUCUGAUCUAGAAAAAAAAAUUGAUUAA